AUGCUCUCCGCCUCUCGCCCUCUCGCCCACUCCCCUCGAUUCCCCACCCCAACCCUCCCCUCCAGCGGAGCUGCGGAGCUGGUAACAACCAACAAGCUAUCGGAGCUGGCGUGCUUGGCGCUCUACCUCAUGUUCGAGAAGAAGCAGGCUGAUGAGUCCUUCUGGGGCCCCUUCAUUCACGAGCUCGACCGGCAGAGGGGGCGAGGCCAGACGGCCGUCGCGACCCCUCUCCUGUGGGACCCGCAGGAGGUGGCCGAGCUGUUCCAAGGGAGCCCCAUGAAGGUGAGCAUCAGGAUCAGGGUUGAGGAGAAGCAGACCGACCAGUCCUUCUGGCGUCCUUUUAUCAACGAGCUUGAUAGGCAGAGGGGGCGAGGACAGACUGCUGUUGAGACCCCACAGCUGUGGGACCCGCAGGAGGUGGCAGAGCUGUUCCAGGGCAGCCCCAAGAAGGCGGAGGUGGAGGCGCGGCUGCACUGCAGGGCAUCAAGAGGGAGCGGAGGUGGAGGCGCGGCUGCAGGGCAUCAAGAGGGAGCACGAGGAGCUGGACCCGGCACAGUGGAGGUGGAGGCGCGGCUGCAGGGCAUCAAGAGGGAGUACGAGGAGUUGGACACAGUGUGGUUCCUCGCAGCCUCGCUCUUCAAGGGCAUCAAGAGGGAGUACGAGGAGCUGGACACGGUGUGGUUCCUUGCAGCUUCUCUUUUCAAGCAAUACCCCUACGACACGCCAUCAGAGACCUUCCCUUUUGAGAUCUUCAAGCAGGCGUUUAUUGCUGUGCAGUCAUGCGUGGUGCACCUGCAGGGCACCUGCAGGGUCCGCCUCUGGCCUGCCACGUGCUCACAACCAAACCCCCGCCCCCUCCUCCCAACAACCCCUUCCCCCCCUUAUUAUUCCCCCAUCCUGCCCGUCCCCUUGUAUUCCUCUGCAGGGCAUGCCUCUCCCCCGUUGCUUCGCCCUCAUCCCCAUGGUCCCGCCUCUACUGACCUACUGCCGCACCACUUGCUUGCGCUCCCUCCUUGCCCCCCUCACCAUUCCAUGUAUUCCUCUCAUCUCUUCCGCCCACACGCCCCCCCCUUCCCUGCUCUCCCCUUUCCCCCGCCCCGCAGGGCGUGCCUCUCCCUCGGCGUGCCUCUCCCCCGUCGCUUCGCCCUCAUCCCCAUGGGUCCGCCUCUCCUGGCCUACAAAAGCACCACGCGCUCCAUGCUCGCCGCUUCCCCUGACGGCGGGGUUGAGCUUCGUCUGGACCGCCCUGUCAAGGCAGGGGAGCCCCUCAGCGUGUGCACCACGCGCUACAUGCUCGCUGCCUUCCCUCCUUCCCCCCUCCGCCCUUUCCCUCUCGCUCAUCUCCCCCCCUCCUCCUCGCCUCACCCCCUCAGGUGUGGCCCCCAGCCCAACACGCGGCUGUUGCUCAACUACGGCAUUGUGGACGAGGACAACCCCUAUGACCGCCUUACGGUGUGGCCCCCAGCCCACACGCGGCUGUUGCUCAACUACGGCAUUGUGGACGAGGACAACCCCUAUGACCGCCUCACAGUGCAGGUGAGGGCUGCGCAGGUGGCAUUGAACCCGGAUGACCCGCUGUACCAGGCAAAGCGGGCCAUUGUGCAGAAGAACGACCUCCUGCGCACCCAGGACUUCCAGGUGGACUUCCAGGUCAUGGUGCCCUACCGUGCCUGGCAUGAUGACACAUUCUCCCUCACCGUCACACCCUUCUCAACCACUCCCAACCCAUCACCUCUGUACAAGGGCAAGGAGCAGGCGGCCCUAUACGACAUGAUGCCCUACCUGCGUCUGGCGCAUGUCACCGACCCUCUCGACAUGGAGUUCGUCACGUUCGCCGAUGGGCCUGUGAGUCCGUGCAACGAGAACGCACUGUUGGAUCAGCUGGUGGAGUUCUUUGAAGGCCGGCUCGCAGCCUACCCCACCACUCUCAAGGAGGAUAUUGAUGCCACUCGCAGCCUACCCUCCUCAUUCCCCCUCCCUUUCCCCUGCCGUUUCGAUUCCCCCCCUGCCCCCUGCCCCCUUGCCCCUGUCUCUCUUGUGUCUCCUGCUCCCCGUCAUUCAGAUCGCAGACCCCACAACCCACCCAAAGAGGAAGGUGGCGGCGCGGCUGACCCAGCAACCAAACCCAAGAGGCGGGUGGCGGCACGGCUGGUGCGCAUUGAGAAGGAGAUUCUCAGCAACGCCCUGGCAGCCGUGCAGGAGGUCAUCUCUGCCCUGCCCACGUGGAGUGAGGCGCCGUGCUACAGCCAGCACAGGCCGAUUCUGAAAUAG